CCAUCUUAGCAACGAGCGUCAACGCUGAUCGAGGAGUAGGUAGUACAGGAAGUAUAAAUCGCCGCUGUGGCGUGGUUCGGCAAUCGCCCGUUCGUGGGGACAGUCCGGAUGGCGUUGGGUGGCAGAAGGAGAGAUCGAGAUGGCUUCCGCAACAGCUCUCGCCAAUCGCACACUCGAACGGGGACUGAGGUUUGGACGGCCUGGGCUUCAAUUGCAGUGCUUUGCGAGCCCAACUGCCAUUGUCUCAGCAUCAUCCACGGCUGUGCCGAUCGGCGGAAUCCCUGCGUAGAUACCUAAGUACCUAGCAGGAGCAGUUUGCAAGCCAGCCCAGAGCAGGGUUUCGUGGCCAGUUGGGAUGAUGCCUGGAGGAGAGAAUCCGGUCGGAUUCCCAGGAGCCAAUCCUAGUCCAUCGCAGUCCAUCAUAGUCCAUCGUAGCCAGUUGUCAAGCGGCCAACUGCUGGGGACCGGAGACUUCGCCCGCUGCCAUCCUUGCCAUCAAGAGGUGCCACUCCCGGCAGACGUCGGUCCGCCAAAAAACGACGAAUUGCAGUAAACGAAUCGACUGAGCAGAAAAUACGAAGGCUUCUAGCGGAAGAACAAGACGGGCGGGCAUUGCAUCUCCGCUUCGAGGGCGUUACGUACAUCCCGACCUGAGGUGUACUUCACCCACCGAACACCAGUCCAACUUGUAACUACGCAGCGCUGGCAAUGCAGUGCAUUGGCAACUCGCAAUUGAUACGCAACUCCAUCUCCUUUUCCUAUCUCUUCUGACUCGUGUGUCGCCCAUCCCGCAGCUCAGCUUGUGUAUGUCCAUCCUCUCCCACCAGCCGGCGCUCUCUGUCACACCUGUCAAGCCUCUACCACCUCGCCGGCGUCCUAUCGUCUUUCUGCCCUGCCCGUGGUCACUCCAAUAUAUUGUCCCCCCAGGCACCACCAAGUUCCAGACCCGGAGCACAGAUUCCGAGACCAUUCCGCCCACAAUUCCGUUCUUUGUAAAACGGCCCAAGUCGAGUCGCAGGCAAGACUAUUCUGGUUUCCUACAGUCGGACAUGAUUGUAGCUGGUUGAGACAAACACGCAACGAAACAAAAGUCGGGGAACAAUGCCGGGUGGUUCUGCGAUUGCCGUGUGCUAAUGCACAUGAGGACAUAAUCACUAUCAAAGACACAUGAGGAACCCGUUUGAAUAAAUCCGGUCAAAGGUUCAGAAAUAGCUGUGUUGUGCAGAAUACUUCAAGUUGGGGCCGUGGGAGGCUAUUGAAAUCAAUCGCGCCCUCGUGUCAGAUGUCAAUAUGGCCGACAAACGCCGCAGGAAAAGCCUGAGCAUCUUCCGCCAGAAGGUUGAAGCCAUGCCGCCCAUACAAAUACCUACAAGCCCAUCAGGGAAACGAUCAAGCGACUCUCAUCUUCCCAGUCCCAUUUCGUCGGAACAGCCCAGCCCCAAGGCUCGUCCUAAAACAUUACAGAAGUCUAGCCGGGGUUCUGUGUUCGGGUCGCUUCGGUCUCUACAUUCCCUUGAGGAAGAUGAGAAGGCCGCUCUCACCAGAUCGGAUUCCAAAGCCUCGUCUCUGCACGAAGACGGCGACAUGAACAUCCGCGGCCUCUUGGGCGACCAGGUCCUACAGUAUGGCGAAGUGCAAGCGGCAGGCACCAACGUUUUCAGGAAGCGGACUCAAUUCAUGGUUCUGACCGAGUCGCAUCUCAUCCGAUUCAGGAGCCAGUCCAAGGCGGUGGAAAUGUUUCCCACCAUUCCCACUGGCAUGGGCAAAGGUCACAAUGCUCGCACUUCCUCAGUGAGCUCGUAUUCAGAGCUCCAGAUGACCGCCUAUUCAGAUAUCACGUCCGGCAUCCCUCUCGAUCAAGUCAUUGCCGUGUACAUCAUCGACGAUGGUCGGCCAUUCGUCGGAGUGGAAGUGGCUUACUUGGAUGAACGGACCCGACGGGCUUCUACCAUGCAGUUGCAAUUGAGCGACUUUCGCGAAGCUCACCUGUGGACCCAUGCGAUCCGAACGGCUGCCGCCGAGGCAAGGACUCUUCUUUCUCAACAAAUCCCCGACCCGGUCUUGGAACACCUUGCUCGGGUUGUCGAACGGGAGAGAGAUUACGACCCGGAUCAUUUCCACGUCUUCAAGGCUGUACAGCGGUCCGUCAACCGAUCUGUGGGGAGGGCUUCCAACGAAGACUUGACCAGGCUGGGCUCGGCGGUUUGCUAUCUGGUCAUCGGGCUUCACAAGGUCCAUUUGAUUCCGCUGUACCGACAAUCGACGCGCUCGUCGAGCGCCUCGCUGAGCGAGGCCGAGGCCAUUACGUCUUUCGCCAUUGUGACCCUGAGUUCGAUAAGAGUGCACGCCGACGAAGAUGCCUUCCAGCUUCUGUUCAAGCCACCUACAGGGAAACCGUACGCUGCUCAGCUAGCCUCUUAUGCCGCGGGAGAGAUUGCCGUAUGGCUGCGGUUCGCAUCGGAAUAUCUGCGACCGGAGUGGCUUAGAGAGCCCUUUGUCUUUGAUGUCCCGGAGGAGCUGGAGGACCGGAUGAAUCCUCCCACCUUCCCCACGGAGGACCACGAUUGCUUCGAUCGAACAUUAAUCGCAUAUUGUGCUGGGUAUGAAGUGAAUACUUCGCGCAUCUGCUAUUCUGUGGAUUACCAGUGCGAAGACGCUCCUUGCUUCAUAUUGCUGUCUUCCUCAACCGGAACGCCCUAUUCGGCCCUGGAACUUCUAGCUGUGUUUCGCGCCCUCCGUUAUAACGAAUCAUUCACGUCCAUAUCGUUCGCGCGCAUCGAUCUCAGUCCUCUACGGCAUUUGUACGAUACAUUUGGCGCGGACUUUGACAGCCUCUUCACCCGUUCCGGAAACCCAACCAACAUACCUGGCCACCAGGACUUGCCGGUUUUGGGUCAAGAAAUCCGCGCAUUGGCCCUGAAGAGUCGUCGACUGCGCCGACUGGACUUUUCAUACACUCUCCCUCAGCGAGCGUUGGCGGAGAACGAACAGCCUCUGGACUGCGGGAUUCUCGAGGCACUCGUGCCAUUGUGCAAAAAAUCCCUGACCAAUGUCGACUGGAUUGUGCUUACGGGCCUGCGACUGGCCGAGUCGGACCUGAAUUAUCUGGUCGACGCUGCUUCCGAGCGGAAAUGUCACCUGCGAGCGCUCGAGAUCGGCGAGUCCGGUCUGUCGGUGCACGACAUUGACGUGCUUCUGUCAGCUCUGGCCGUGCAAGAAAGUACGGUGGAGGUGAUUGACAUAUCGGGUGCGCAGGGGCGGUUCAGUCCCGAACUGUUCCAACGGGUGAUUGGCGCCUUUUCCCGGAUUCGGCGGUUGAACUUGACGCGGGUGCAGAAAACGGCCGGGCCGGAACCCUUGGUGGCACCCGACGCCUUGUUCGCCUGGAGGUUGGAAUCGCUUCAUCUGUCGCAGACGACGCUGAACGAGCAAACGGUCGACUCGAUCGCGACGUACCUGGCCAGCCCGAAAUCGGACAUUUUGCGCGAGAUCCACGUGAAUCAAUGUGGUCUGACGGGCCGGGACCUGGCGACCUUUUUCCAAUCCAUGGCGCGCGACAACGGACAACCAAGAGUGAUGCACGUCAGUGCCAACGAGAAUCGAUUGAAAUCCGGCAAUGGAGUCUUGUUCAAGACGCUCGCGCAAGGUUACGGCCCCACGUCAUUGAGUAUGCGCAUGAUGGACUUUGACAAGGAAAGCCACUUCCGCGAACUGAUCAAGGCCUUGACGCUCAACACCAGCUUGAGGAGUUUGGACAUCUCAGGCGCCUCGUUGCCCUACGACGCGAGUGUCGAAACGUGCGAAGCCCUCAAGGACAUGUUCGCCACGAACCAGACGCUCGAAGAGCUUGAUAUCAGUGGCGAACACGCCCAUUUGGACGCCACCCGGUUCGGCAUCGGACUCAAUAUAGCGUUGCGGGGGCUGGAGAACAAUAAGACCUUGAGAUUAUUACGGAUCGAGUACCAGGGUCUCGGGAUGCAAGGGGCCAACACGCUGGCGGAGGUUCUCGAGAAGAAUGAUACCCUGUUGGAAAUCCAUUGCGACCAUAACGAUAUUAACUUGCAGAGUUUUACGACCUUGGUCGAUGCCCUGGAAAAGAAUUUCUCGCUCCUCUAUAUGCCCAAUAUGGACCAUGACCGCGCAAAAUCGUUGGAGAAGGUCCAGCGAGAGUUUGAAACUAUGGACCAGAUACCAACGAGUGGUAACAGUCCCAAACCCGGUCAUCACAGCAAGAACGGCGGUGCCACGAUCAAAAAGACUUUGACUAGUGCGUUGACGGGGAAAGUCCAUCGUCACAAUCACAGUAUCAACAACAACAACAGCAACAUCAACAACAGUCACGGUCAUGGUCUCGGUCAUGGGCUUGGGCUGGGGCUCACGUCGUCGCACCACAAUCACCAUCACCACCACCACCGUCAUUCCUAUGGUCAUAAACAUCGCCACAGCAGUUCCAUGUCGUCGACCGCGUCAUUUACGGAACAGGAAAUGUCCGCGGCCAUCCGCACCCUCGACGAUAAAUGGAACGUCCAGGUCGCGCGGAUGGAAAAAUAUCUCUUCCGCAACUAUUGUUUGUCGCAGGGCGUUCCCUGGCAAGAUGAGGAUUUGGCGGCCUCUGUCCCUUUCCCUCCUGGGGCUGCCGCCGUGGCCACGCCACCAAUGGAUGGAAACGGACAAGGAGCAGGUCCUGGUGCUGGACCGGGUGCAGGACUUGGACUACAAGCACCUGUUCUCGGCUCUCCCAUUGAUACUGGAGAUUCCAUGGCCCAGCUGUUGCAGCAUGUCCAGCUGGACGAUAUCACCCCGACCCUGGAGAAUCCGGGGGCCGGCGCCGGCGCCGCCGUGGAUUACCUUGAUGAAAAGCUGUACGGCAGAGAAAAUCAUGGCCAUGGCCGAAACAGCGUCUUUCAAAUGCCUGAAGAUUGAGGCAGGACACAAAAAAGGGGUGAGCAAAAGGGAAACGAAAUACAAAGGCCUGAUCGCUACAUGACUGCAUAGCUCCCCUUCUGUCUUGUCUGUUUCUGACAUAGCAGGGCAGGCCGUGCCAGGGAGGGGGAGAGCAGGGUCCGAAAGCCACAUACUAUCGAGAUAUGAAGCGCAAUGAAACUGCAGUACACUACAAUGCAAAAUACGUGGAUCAACUGUUUUCAGUAGCCUGGAAUGUUUGCUGUUUGUAAAUCGUUUCUGUAUUGUCCUCUCCCCAAAGGCGUUUUAACAACAUUGAGGAGAUAUACAUCCAUAUCGACUCUAUCGGAUGUUCGUUCGUU